AGAGUUGUAAUCACCAUUAUCAACUAUGGACAGUGACUGUAAACAAGGACAAGCCUUCGGCCCAUCUGUAAGUAAAACUUCAGUUGCAAAUAUGAAUUGUUUUCAUGUGCAGAAAACGCGCGGUAAAUUAUUUUCCUCCAUACAUAAAUGAUUUCUUUCAAAAUUUUUAACAGCAUGAAUAUUCAGAAAAGCCGUGCAGCUGCUGGAGUACGAAAGCAAAAGGCACCCAUGAUGAACGAUGUUACGACUCCGAAUAAACAACGUAAAAUCAUUGAGCAGUCUUGGCCUCAGAACCAAAGCCAGUUUUCAACCCAAAGGGGGCCUCUUACGCAAGGCCUUGGUUCGGAACCUUACACCUUGGAACAAUCAACACAGAUAUGGAUUGAGUUACAAAAUCAGAAGAAUUUACUUACCGAAACUGAAUUUUUGGGAGGACAAGACCAACUUGCAGCAGCUAAUUUAAAAAUUGAAGAACUGGAAAAUAAUCUGAGCAAAACAAAGGAAAUUAAUGAGACGAUGGCCAAUCGUAUUCAGAAAGAUAUUAAAACACGAGAUGAGAUAAUAAAAAAACAAAACACAUGCUGGCAACUGAUGGCUAUCAUACAAGAGCAUACCGAUGUUAUAGAAAACACAUGUCGAGAAAAUGAAGAACAGCGAAAAUCCUUAGAGGAUCUCUACAAUAAGGUGAUUCUGAAACAACAGGAUAGUUGGAAGAACUUAAGCGAACACUACAAUCAAGGUAACUUACAAUUAGUACCGUGUACCAGUUUUAAUUUAUGGAAACAGUCUUUGGUUUGCUUAUUUUACUUUUAUCGUUGGACAAAACUAUGUGUGAUAUAUUUGUCUUUGUAUUUCACAGUUUCAGCGGCGAGAAAAAACCUAGAAAAUGACUUGAUAAUAAAAAACGACGAACUAUCCACCAUCCGUGAGGAUUACGAAAAACUUGCAGAUGUUAUAAAGGAAAAGACGCAGUUAAUGUUUGAAAUUUCAUCUAAACGGGACGAAUGUGAGAAAAUAAUCCAUGAAAAUAACGAAAAAUAUAACCAAGAGAAGACGGAAUUGAUGAAUACCAUCAAGCAAAUUGAGGCCACUUUGAACAUGGAAAGAGAGUCCACAUCCAAAUUGGCAGAGGUAAAUAAUGAGAACCUUGAAAAAUAUCGAUUGUUUUCCUCCAAAUAUAAGGCGCUAGAAGUUAGUUCUGCAGAAUAUGAAAAUCAGAUUAAACUGUUGAAAUCUAACAUACUGGAACUAAAAGAGAAAGAGACGAGUUUGCAGAAUGAGCUAGAGGAAUUGAGAACUUCACAUUUCAUAGAAAUUGCUAAUAAAGAUCUCGAACUAGCUGCUCAUAGAAAGCAGCUUCAAGAUGUGACUUUACUACAUGCAGAGACAAUUGAUAAGCUUGACAGAGAGACUCUCUGUAACCAGGAAUUAUCAGCAACUUUAGUCAAAGCAAACGAAGAAGUUUUAGAACUAAACAAUACCAUCAAGAAUAAAAAUGAACAGGUCGAAGAACUUGAAAUCGAGCUAAGUGGUGAGAUAGAGCUAAAUAAAAAGUUAUCUGCGGAAAUUCAGAAACUUAAUGAAAAACUCAGUGUCCAAGAAAAAGAGAUCGCUCAGGUAACAGCAAAUAUUGAAAUGUACAAAGCUAAGGAGGAUACGAACGACGGGAAAUUAUCUGAAGCAAGGAUCGAAUUGGCCUUGGUUGAGCAAAAAUUGAAAGAUAAAUGUACUGAAACUGCCAAGCUCCUUGACAAAAUGGAUGAAAGGAAAUUAAACGAUGCAAAAGAAGCAGUAGAGCUCAAGAAGCACCUGAAAGAAAGAAGCGAACGUAUUGAGGAAUUAGAGAAGCGUAUAGAAAUUCUGAAGAAAGAUAUAAGUGCCAAUAAGUUGGAAUAUGAAAAGAAAAUACAGGAAGCUAGGCGUUCGCAAAAACAAUGUAAAAUUGCUGGCCAUGAGGCAGAAAUCAGAGAAAAAAAUAUGAAAAUUGACCAACUAAAUCAGGAGCUGUCGACCGAAAAACUCAAGUUCACUCGAGUUAAUUUAGAGAGUAUUGAAUUUCAUAAGAAUGAAAAAGAAAAAAAUGAAAAACACGAAACCCAAAGCAAAGAAAUGAAACACCAAUAUGAAGAACUUAAAAAAAAAAUCUCUGCAUUGAGACAAGAGAACGAUAAUCUCAAGCAGAAACAAUUAAAAGAUUCAAACACCUCAAUGGAAGCUAGAAAUGUCCAGAAAUCGCUAUCAAAAAUGUCAAGCUUAUCAAUGCUGCCAUCUCCUACUAUACCAAUAUCCAAGCCGAUACUAAAAUUGCCAAACAAAGAUAGUCCAAUUAAGCAGCACAGGGUACAGUUUGGUAAUACAUCUCAACAAACAGUACAAAAUACGGAAGUAGAAAGGAUCUUUGAAGAAGCCGAACGUCGUAUCGCACAAGCCAGUAGGCCGGAUUGGCAGAAAAUGCUACAUGGUACGCCAACAAAAUCAGUGAAUAUCUCGGAAGCCUUCAAAAGAGGAUCACAGACAAAAAAAUACAAGUUCUUCAAGUCAAAAACUUCCAAAACCGGAAAUUAAAAUGAAUGAGCAUCAGGA